AUGGGUAAGGAAAAAACUGUCUCAGAAUCAGUUUUAUCAAUGAUUGAUCCAGAGUAUUAUCUAAAAAAUAAGAAUGUAGAAGACAUAACUGUUGUUUCUGAUUUUGAAGUUUUGGCUACUUUUAGAUACGAUCCUGGUUUUACACGCUGUUUAUCUUCAAAAAACAAUAUAUUUGAGUGCCCUGCUGUUGAAUUGGGUUUAAGAGACGAUGAAAUCAAGCAACAGAUUAUCAAGGAGGACUAUUCGUGUUAUUUGCGAGUAAACGAGGCUAGUUCCGGUGCAGACCUUCUCAAAGAUAUUCAAUCUCCUAAUGUCUGGAAGCAGUGCUGCAAAGUUAUUGAGUGCUAUCGGAAACCAGAAAUUUUACAGGUUAUUUAUGAGAGAUUUUUCUUGUUAGAAGAACAGUACCAAAGACUAAGGCUAGCUUUAUCUUUCUUUAGAAUUGAUUUGAAUAUAUCUCUACAUGACUUUUUCAAGCUACUAAUUGAAACUCUGGUUGAUUGUAAAGAAGGUACCGUAGAAUACUUCGAAAAAGUGCAAAGUAUGAUCAGUGAAAAACAAUGCUACAAAAUGCGGGUUCUUGUUUCUAAGGUAGGGAGUAUUCGAAUGGAGGCAGUGCCAUUACCUAUGACGCCUAUAUUUGAACUGACCAAAAGCUGUGACAACGCUUCCAACUAUUUUAUUGAAGCAAUGCUAAACGGAUUUUUGGAUCGUGGCUCAAUAAAUUGGGACGUCGUUAUUGCAUCUGAACCAAUAGAUAAGUCCGUUUUCACCAGUUUUAAAACAACAUCAAGGGGUCAUUACACUAGUGCAAGAACUCACAUGCAAACCGCCAUUAAUAAGGUGAAAGGGACGGAACCAUCUUCCCCUGUCUCUCAAUGUGAGAUUUUACUUUCUAACAAAUCUGGACAAUUGAUGGAAGGUUCGAUAACGAACGUGGCAAUAAUUCGUAGAGACUUUAACGGUAACAAGAAAUAUGUGACACCAAAAUUGACAAGUGGGUGUCUAUGUGGUACAAUGCGUCAUUAUUUAUUAAGGCUCGGUCUUAUCGAAGAAGACGAUAUAGAGAUAGAAAAGUUGGCUGUUGGUGACGAGGUGCUACUCUUCAACGGUGUUAUGGGAUGUAUAAGGGGAACAAUUAGAAUAAAAACUUAA